GAAGUAUAUUUACAAUUACUGCUUAAACACAGGCUGUUGCACCAUGGUUCUGUAUUCUUUUCUUCUUCUCCUUGGUAUCUCUUUGGCUGGUGGGAUGGAGAGUGGUAUUAUUGGAGGAAAAGAGGCUAAACGUAAUUCCAGGCCAUACAUGGCAUCUAUUCAAAAUAAUAAAUGUCACACAUGUGGAGGGAUGCUGAUCAGAGAGGAUUAUGUUCUGACAGCGGCCCACUGUCUGAAUCUCGAUGUUAACUCAGAUCUGGACAACAUUGAGGUUGUUCUGGGAGCUCACAGCAUCAACAAGGUGGAGAAGAACCAGCAGAGAAUCCCAGUGAUGGAAUACAUCAAACAUCCUUUGUAUAAAAAGAACAACAAGCAGGACUUAAGCUAUGAUAUCAUGUUACUAAAGCUGAAGAACAAUGCCAAGCUGAAUAAAUUUGUGAAAGUUAUUCAUCUUCCUAAGAAAAAUAAAAAAACACCAGCUAAUGUUAAAUGCUCCAUUGCUGGUUGGGGGUUAAAAUCCCCAAAAGGAAAUGAGGCAUCAGAUGUGAUGCAGGAAGUCAAGCUUAAACUGGAGGAGAACUCAAAAUGUAAAGAAAUGUGGCAGCAUUACUUCAACCCUGAGAUAAUGAUCUGCAGUGUUUCAGAUGGAAAACAUGCUUUUUGUAAGGGGGAUUCGGGAAGUCCUCUUAUCUGCAAAACUAUACCACAAGGACUUGCUUCAUAUACCUUUGAUGGUAACUGUACAAAUACAGUAUAUCCUCAAGUUUAUACAAAAAUCUCAUACUUCCUCCCUUGGAUUAAAAAGAUUAUUGAACUCAGAGUGUACUUCUCAGUCAACAGCUGCACCAUGUUUCCUUACAUGUUUCUUCUCCUCAUUGGUCUCCCUUUGGCUGGUGGCAUGGACAGUAGUAUUAUUGGAGGGAAAGAGGCUAUACCUUUUUCCAGGCCAUACAUGGCAUCAGUUCAGAGUGUUAAAUAUCACAUAUGUGGAGGGAUGCUGAUCAGAGAGAAUUAUGUUCUGACAGCGGCCCACUGUUUGAAAAACUUAUCUAUUAGAGGCAACAUUGAGGUUGUUCUGGGAGCUCACAUAAUCAACAAGGCGGAGAGGAGCCAGCAGAGGAUCCCAGUGAUAAAACACAUCCAACAUCCUUUGUAUGAAAAGAACAACGAGCAGGACUUAAGCUAUGAUAUCAUGUUACUAAAGUUGAAGAAGAAAGCCAAGCUGACUAGAUUUGUGAAUCUUACGCCCCUUCCUAAGAAAAAUGAAAAAACACCAGCUAAUGUUAAAUGCUCCAUUGCUGGUUGGGGGUUAAAAUCCCCAAAUGGAAACAAGGCAUCAAAUGUGAUGCAGGAAGUCAAGCUUAAACUGGAGGAGAACUCAAAAUGUGAAAGAAUGUGGCAGCAUUUCUUCAACCCUGAGAUAAUGAUCUGCAGUGUUUCAGAUGGAAAACAUGCUUUUUGUGAUGGGGAUUCCGGAAGUCCUCUUAUCUGCAAAAAAAUACCACAAGGACUUGCUUCAUAUACCAUUAAGGGUGAUUGUACAAAUACGACAUAUCCUCAAGUUUAUGCUAAAAUCUCCUACUUCCUCCCCUGGAUUAAUAAAACAAUGGAAAUGAAUGAAUGAAUAAAUAAAUACAUAUACAUUUUUUAUACAUAUAUUAAAUGUUAUAGUUUUCUCUUUUAGACUUUUAACUCUUUUUUUAAAGGUUUUUAUUCUGCACUGCCACUGUUAAAAUCUCAGUAUAUGUAUUUUUAGCCUGUUUAAGAUGACUAAAAUAAUAAUUGAAUGAUAAGAAUUGAUUUCUUUGAAGAAUUAAUUCAUUUUCAAUGAAACCCCUAGAAAUAACUACCAUAUACAUUAGACCAUUAGAAGACCACAUGUAGAUAAAAAAUAAACCAGUAAUUCAGUAAUAAUAAUUUCUUAGUAUAUAAUCUAUUUAUAAAUAUAUAGGUUUCAAAUAUGUGCCAUAAUAUCUG